UACCCAACUGCCCAAAACUGUCCACCGCCCUUUCCACGCGGCGGCGGAUGCACCUUUCCGCCAGAAUGAGCAUCAGAGGAGCCCCGCUCAUCGUCCAUCGUUCCUCCUAACCUUUUGACUCCUGGAAUUUGACAUUCUCUUAUUACUUCCCUUCUGGCGCCGGCCGUUUGUUGUCUUUCUUUCUUUGCUUCACCUCCCUUCCCGCCUUGCACGACACCUCGCCGUUUUCCUUCCCUUUGGCGACGAUGCCCGACCUCCUCACCAGAGUCUUCCUUCGGGACUCUGGUUCUAAAGACUCUGAAGACAAAUUCCCGGCCAGACAAUUGUUCAUCUUGGCACUAUGUCGUCUCUGCGAACCAAUCGCCUUCAUGUCGACAUUUCCUUACGCAUAUCGCAUGGUCGAGUCUUUCAACAUUACUCAAGACGAGACGCAAAUAUCAGUCUACGCCGGUAUGCUCAUUACCGCCUUCGCCUUUGCCGAGUUCUCGACAGGCACGCUGUGGGGCUCGAUCAGCGACCGCAUUGGACGUAAACCGGUCCUGAUCAUGGGUCUCUUUGGGACAGCCUUGAGCAUGAUCUCCUUCGGCUUUGCGCGUUCCUUGCCGACUGCCAUCAUGGCCAGGGCUUUGGGCGGUCUUUUAAAUGGUAACUCUGGAGUCCUUCAAACCACCGUCGCCGAACUGGUCACCAAAAAGGAGCACCAAGCAAAGGCAUAUGCCGUCAUGCCUUUUAUCUGGAGUGUGGGAUCUAUCAUUGGACCAGCUAUAGGGGGAGCACUGGCCGUGCCCUGCGGAUCGCAUCAAUCUUGGUGUACCAAAGGCAACCUAUUCGACACAUAUCCUUUCUUAUUGCCUAACCUCUGCUGUGUCCUGAUACUUUGUGCUGGCAUGAUAUUUGGUAUCAUGUUUCUAGAGGAAACACACUCAGAGAAGAAGCACCACCGCGAUCUCGGGCUGGAACUGGGAAGAAUCUUAUUGGGGAAGACCUCAGCAAGGGCGAAUGCCAACACAUUUAGUGCUUCAAACUUUAAGGAAACAUCGAAUUUCGCAGACAGCGCUCCGCCUCCGGGGUAUCGCAGCACCGAGAGCUCUCCGCUCCUUACGUCGACAUCCAUGGACGCCCUGGAUUCGGAUCUGGGCAUGUUGCAGGAGAAAGAGAAACUUGGGACGACCAGGAAAUACAGCAAGCAUGUGGUUCUGAUCAUUCUAGGCUAUGCAAUCCUCGCCUAUCAUAGCGUGUCCUUCGACGCCUUGAUGCCUACAUUCCUCAGUGAGGAUCGGAUGCAAACGCCUGCUAUCCUGCCUUUCAAGUUCUCCGGUGGUUUCGGCCUGUCCACGCAAGCGAUUGGAUAUAUGUUGGCUGUUCAAGGUGUAUACGCGAUGUUUGCACAAAUGUGGCUUUUCCCACUCGUCGUUCGACGUUUGGGGAAUCUCCGUGCCUAUCGCCUGGUGCUGACGAUUUGGCCCUUCCUUUAUCUGGCUGUUCCGUACCUUGUGCUCCUCCCAGAGCAUUUGCAAAAGACGGGCAUAUAUUUCUGUAUGAUGACGAAGAUGACCUUCCACGUCAUUUCCUUCCCUUCAAACGCAAUCUUGCUGGCCAAUGCGGUACCUUCGAGAUCGGUCCUUGGAAGCAUCAAUGGAUCUGCUGCAUCAGCCGCCUGCUUUGCACGGGCAUUCGGCCCAGUCGUGACUGGUUCGAUUCACUCAGUCGGACUGAAACUGGGUUACAAUGGUCUUGCCUGGUGGGCAUGUGGCAUUGUUUGUGCCGUCGGAGCUCUGGAAAGCUACUGGAUGGAGGAAGGUGAGGGCCGUCUGGUUCGUCCCUCCGAACAAGAAGAACAAAACAGCUGCGAACCUUUGCUGCAUGCUACGGCCGCUGAGCCGACCGAAGACUGUACUGGACGAUCAGACAGCAUACCCUUGAUGGACGAGCUGGACCUCACAAAAGCACUCAAGCAAGACCUUGAUAUCGACUUUAAGCAUUAAUGCCUCACAUAUGCAU